UGAGACCGCUUUGCCGCGUAGAGGCGUAUGGACGUGCGCGCGACUCUAAAAAUGUACCGAAUUCCGAAUACGCGACGUUUUUUCAACGAGUUUGUGUGAAACUUAUUCAAUAAAUAAAAAUUGUGUGUUACGUGAGUGUUACAACAUUGUGGUGUGUUUUGUUACGAAAAAUAUGAUUUUUCUUUACAAUCGACUACACAAUGCAAACGAUUUUGAAUUUUAUUUCAACUUAUAGUGUGUGCGAAUUGGUACUGUUAAAAAAAUGUUAACAGGAUUUAUUGUGGUUUCUCUUCUAGUUUUUCACGCCAUCCCGUCAGGGUUGUGCUCUAGUCUACUAUGCGGACGCACCAAAGAGGUGGAAGUGGGGGGCAGCUUCGGCUCCAACACAGCAUUGGCGCUGGCGCUGGUCAGGCCCCCCUCCGCCCCACAGCAGCCCUGCCAGCUCGUGCUGACUGCUCCUGACGCUACCGCCUUCACCGUCAGACUCAUUGACGUCAAGGAAUCAUUUGACUGGGAGCGGACGUUCAACGACUUCGAGGCGCCUCUCCCAGGGUCCGGUCGGAAAUGGAGCGCUAGGAGCGGAACCCACGCCCAGGACACUUCUAGUGAUCAGGCGGCCCCGGUCGCUAAUAGUACUGACGCUUGCAAGCUGUUGAUUUUUAUUGGUGACUCAAAGACACCAAUAUGGCGGCUACAGCUGUGUGGCGGGAACGCGGCCGCCAUUGCAGCGCGGGCUGGUCCGAAACUGCUGCCGCAGAAGAUCAGGAUCGUGUGGAACCCCCCCACUUCUCCUUAUCAGCACACGGAGAAACUGAGACUGGUCGUCACAGCCGUAAAUAGCGGAGCAAUCUGCAACAACGACUCCCAAUACACAUGUGGUGCCACCGGCCUGUGCAUAUCCUCGGACCUGGUCUGCGAUGGCGUCCGGCACUGCCCUGGCGGUGAAGAUGAGGAACCCAGCGCGUGUUCCCACCGCCGGGAGCCCCCGCUCUUGGAGCUGCUGAGGAGGUUCGCCGCGAGGAACCAAGAGCUGUUGGGACUGGACCAGUCCGAUGGGAUGACGAAGCCUUCUGUGAUAAUGAAAAUCACCGAAGGCGAGCAGAAGUCCAACGCUUUCAUGGAGUUCGCUGCGGCCCUGAAGCCAUAUGGACCCUGGAGCUAUCUGGUUGUUGGCAUGUUAGUCUGUGCCACCAUCCUUAUGUUCUGCUUAGCUUGGGAAUGCUGCUGUAAACGCUCCAAGCCAUCAGACACGCCGCUCAACAUACCGCCAGCGUGCAUCGACCUCUCCCCCACAGUGACCGUCACAGCAGCCUCGCAGCAACUCUUCCAGUCCCCCCUCCCCCCAUCCCCACCAGAGUACGAACCGCCCCCCUCCUACUCCUCACUGUUCCCGCGAGCAUUCAAAUCAUCACCAACGCCAGUACCACACUGCUCCCACCAGGAGCCGGACUGAGUGAAUGUUUAGUUAGGUAGUAUAUUUCAAUUUUCGUCUUUGAGAAGUGUAGUGUUAUUUUUUUGUGUGAUUAUUGACUAUUAUGAAUUUUAUGUAGGACAGUAUUUUAUAGACCAAACUUAAGUACAGACUAACCAUUAUUCAUUAGGGAAUUAAAAUUAUAAUAAAUCUUUUUGUCGCAUUUUGUUUCUGUUAGCAAUGUGAUUUAUUCCGAAUUCUGUGGGAAUAGGGUUUCUCCUGUAAAUUACUGUGUUGCCAUAUUUAAUGUAUUUUAACUUCCAAAAAAUUUGGGAGUAUUUUCUUCAACGUCUAUGGUUUACGCCUGCAAUUACGGCAUAAAUAGUAAGGCGACUAGAUCAUAUCUUUAUACAUUACGGCCCUUAAAAUGUUGAAUGGGUGCAACUUAUGUCAAAUACAGUUAAAUUAUAACGUCUUAAAUAUUUAAAGUCAUAUAUUUUCAUUCAAGUAGGUACCUUAGUGUAUGUAUCUAAUUUCAUUAAGUUUAUCAUAACAAAGAUGGCUUUAAACUAUAAAAUUGCGUUCUUAUUUUUUUCGAUGUUGUGUCAAUGAUUGUGUAGUUUUUGAUUCGGACUUACCACUACGCUUCUCACAGAUAUAGUAUUUAAUUAAUGAAUUAAUAAAAACAGGCGAUGGUAUUAAACAUAGUUAAUAAAACUGGUUUUCGCAAAAAAAAAAACACUUAAUGAGAUCUAAAUUGAGAUUUUAUUGAUCGUACAAUUUGUAUUAAACACAGUUACAGAUUGUAGGUAGGUAGAUUUUAUUAGCGUUUGAAAUUUGAGAGGUUCAAGAAUAAUCGUGCCUUUACUGGAAUCUUUACCGGUAUUUAAGUAAGAGUGUUAUAAAGUAUGUAUGCAAUGUACGGGCAAUAUAAAAAAAAAAUGUAUGGCAAUCAUUGUACUUGUAAAUGAUAUGGAGUUGACCUCAUUACUUGUAUGUUAAGUAUACAAGCGGCCCACCACAGCUUUGCCCGUGGUACGUACAUAGCCGUAAAUGAUGUACAUUCUUAACGGUGAAAGAAUUUUUGUGAUUGGUUCAGUAUUUCCCAACAUUACCCCUUACAAACAAACAGAGUUACAAGCUUUUUUAUUUACAAUAUUAGAAUACCUAUCCUAUAUCAAAUGCUUUUAAGCUUUUAAUUUUUAUGAAGUAACAUUAACAUACUUGUGAAGGAAGGUUUAUGAACACGGGGGAUACUAUUUUAAGAUGAGGGGCUAGUAUAACAGCCAAAAGUAUAAAACGAUAUAAGGUGUGUGUAUUUAUAACGAAUGACCUCUUGCUAAGAAUGAUAGCACCAAAUUUUAAAUGAGAAAUAACUUAAGAAGUUUCAGUUGAGCAUCAAAUUUUGAAGGGUGUGAGCGUGAUGGUAUUGCUUUGUAUUUGAAGAAAAAUCUCAUGAAAUCUUGGGGACCAAAGUAGAACUUUUUGUGUAAUGUGAUGUUAUUGUGCCUUGCAAAUGCGGAUUUUAUCUGUGGAAUUUUGAUAAUAUGCUUGCUCAUCGAUAGUGUACAACCUACUUAAUGUCACGAGUGAGUCCUUUUAAAAUAUAUUUUUAUUCUUAUAUGACACUGCCCCAAAUUCCUGAAAUUUAAAUUUGGAGAUAUAAGUGUGUUGUUUUAAGUCAUAACAUAAAAUUAUAUCAUGACGUGCAUAUCAUAACUGUAAUUUUAUUGACAUAUUGUAUAUAAAAAUAAGUAUUCACUUAUCGACAAGAAUUGUUAUAACUUUUUCAUUUUCUUGUAUAGCAACCCGUUUGUGUAUUUUCUUCGUCUAAUGUUUUACACUGUAUAUGUACGGAAACCUGAUAAAAAGUUUGACAAUAUUUUCAUCAAUUUGAGAUUGUUAUUUAUUAAAUUGUUUCUCCAAAAAUCAAUUUAGUUUUGAAAAUGUCCAUAAAGAUUGCGAUUAUUAUAUAUUGUAAAUAAUAAAACAACUCAUAAGUAUUGACUAGUCUCUUAGGAUCUGUUGUAAUUAUAAUAAUUUUACUGCUAAGUAUAUCACUAGCUUGCUAUAAAAUAAUUCCAUUUAAUACCUAAUUGUAACAUGAUAAAAGUGAUAUUUAUAGUGAAAAUAUUGAAAAUUAAAUAGGUAUUUAUUUCUAA